UUGGGAUUUAGGUUUUUAAGGACAAGAUCUUUAAACCAAGAUUGUUUGGAAAAUUCAAUUGCGUCGAUACGCCAUUUUGGUGCAGAAAACACAUAGGGUGUGCUGCUAACUUAAUUAGGGAUCCUCAGCACACAUUUCGAUCUAAUUCAAAGUGAGAUCUAUAUAUAUCUUUAAUGAUAAGAAAAUAUUAUUAUAAUCUACAUGGACAUUUUUAACACAAAUCACCAAAAACAGUUGUUAUACAGAAAAUUCAAAUUGCAAACACUUCGUCAAAGUUUCCAUCGUGCUACCUAGAUUCGCUGUUCUAACCGCAAGUAAUCCUCCGAUAACCGGAUCCAACUAAACUUUUUUUUUGUAAGGAAGAAAAAAAGAGAUAACGCGAUAAAACCGUGAUAUAAGUUAUAGGGUGAAACAAAAUUUAAUUAUUCGCUAAUAUGUUUAAUCGAAAUAUGCAGAAUUCGUAUCACUAUUAAAAAAAGUUUUGAUAUUAGUUGCUAAUGCUUGAUACCUUUUUUCAUAUAGCUAGUAUAUAUAUAGCUGAAAAUACGGAAAAUACGGGAUGAAAAAAUAUUAAGAGUUUAACUUGGUAGAAUGCUAUACAAAGUGAACGCUAGUUGCACCUUUUAUUUCAAGAUACGAUUGACCAAAAACUUUUAAACUUUGUAGAUCAAGGCUCUGAAUUUUUACUUUUGGAGCGUAAAUUUUGAAUUAUGUAACAUUAUUCCCAAGACAGCACACCUUCGCCAUUUUUAACUAUUCAUAAACCAUGAUCUCAUAACGGAAUACAAGUAUCGCAGUUAACAAUCGAUUGAUUGAUUUAUCUCAAACAGGAUGUCCAAAAUUUGAUAAUAAAAUGUUUUAUUUUCACAGGUUUUUUUUACCAUUUUAAAAUAGGCACUCCGUAUAUUAUUUGUGGUCGGAUGCAGAACAAUAUUCAUUGGCCAUGUUUCAACGAUUUUGAUUAACAAUAAACUUUUAUGGAGAUGCAAAAUCCCCCAGUAAGUGAGCUAUCAAGCUAAUCAACGUGUAGGAAAACUUUAUUUGUUUAAAUUAAUAAACUAAAAAACUGUAGACACUUAUUUCAGUUAUAUAAAGAGAAAACUGAAAGUCUUGUGUUGCAAUUUUUAGCGCGUGAAUGACAAAUCUUAAUGGGAGGUUACAAACUCAAGGCGGCUUCACGAAACGUGCAGUAUAGCGUUGCGUUACAGCUUCUAACUGGCACUUAUGUUUGACAACUGGGUGUCUUGAACUUGUCAUUUGAGAUUAGUCGGGGUCUUACUCUUCAGCAAGCUUGAGUGGUUGGGUCGAUUUGGAUGGCUUGACCUCUCUUCGUAUCGUUGAGCUUGAACGGGAGUUUGCAAUAGUCCAACAGGUCUAAGAUCUUUGGCAUUUGAUGCAUUUAGAGACGUGGUCGGCGCACCUUUGAAAGGUACAUUCUACACCAAAGAGCCAUGCAAGGUUGAAGUCGUGAUACUUGCUUAGUAUAUCUGUGAUUUUUGACUUUGACACUACUUGUUGUACUUCUUCUUGAUCUCGAACAGGAUUCCGUUGUUCAUGGUAUAACUUCUUUCGGUAAUCUAAAUCUUUUUUAUCCUCUUCGAAACAUGCACUGAUCUUUGAUAAAACAUUAGGAACCGUUUCAAGAAGUUGGAUCUGGGUUUUUCAACAUUAAAAUAGCGUAAACCGCAGACAGCAAAGUUACUAGGAAAUCAUCUGACAUACAUACAUACAUACAUAGGACCGGCGCACUAUUGGGCCUUUUUUACCGUAGAUUCCACCAUUUAUCUAAAGAACAAAUUUGAAUUUGUUAUUUAGGAAAUAGCACCUCUCGGGAGGGUUUGGACUACUCACCCUAAAGCAAAGGAAAGUUGUGAGCAAUAUAUAAAUAAUAUAUAUAAAUAGGUUAACAGAAGUUAUGGAAUAUGACUUAAAUUUAAAUUUAAACUAACCAAAUAUUUGUUUCGAUUCGUAUGUCAUACGGUUGAAGAGCUAGUGCCCAUUUUGCGAGUUGUCCGGUUAGUGACUUGAGGCACGUUAGCCAUGAUUACCACUUUUUAAAGCUAAGACAAAUUCAAAUCUUUUUUGUUUGAUUUUCUUAUGUAAUUCCAUGCCAUAAGCUAGAUUAAUAAGUAAACUAUUAAUUAAAGUUCGUACUUUUUUUUUCAAAUUUCGACUGUCCGUUUUCCUAAUACUGUAACUCAUUGCCCUUGCUUUGGGACACUCGGUAGAAUACGAUAGCCGUUAUAUUUGAACAAAUACGAGAUAAACAAUACGUGCAAAAAUAGGAUGCCCGAAAAUAGUAACACAAAGAAAAUUCCGCAGCAUUUGUCGCAUAUGCAUCCUUAUCGCGAGUUAUUUACAAGAGAGAUAGACGACUUUUAAUUGAACGUAGGUAUUUUAUGUGAAACCUACGCAGAUGUUCGAGCGGCGCGCAUGACAGAUGACUUUGUCAAUCGGCAGUUUUUCCUACUUUUUAAUAACCCGGACAAUUAACCGUUUAAAAAGAUCCAAGCCUUUAAGAUCUCGCAUUUUCAGUUUAUUUUUGGUGUACCUCGGUAUAUAAACGGUCCGAUUCAGUAUCAAACGGCAAAGUCGGGACCAUCCGGUCUGUUUUUCCAGCUUUUUCGUCGUCCAAACUGGUAUCCGAGUCAAGGAUUUAACUGUCUUUGAACUUUGCUUUGAAUGCAGAUUGUUCCGAAAGCGAGCACACGAGUCGGUCUACAAGUUUGAAAUAACAAACGCGAAGCUCCUAAAGUGGCACUAGGCCGCAGGAAUUAUUGUUAUCUCUGACGAAACCUUGCUAAUCUGGGUGAAGUUUUAACGGGUUAUCGCAGAUGGACGGAAAAGAAGAUUUGAAAAUAGGGGUGCACAGUCAACAUACGAGAAUUUUGAAAGAGGAAGACGAGGUGUGGAUCUCUAGCGAAGACCUGAAUACCGAGAACAGCAGCGAAGACGACGGCUCCGCCAAACCGUUCAACCCUAAGAGGAAGGUGAAACAGAAAAACCGCAAACGGUCCACGCCGAGCGUACAAUUUCAAAAGGUUCCCGAUUAUCGAGCUGUUAUUUUUCCGGAUUUUUUGAAAAAACCGGAGGUCGACAAGACGCGUCCCAUCACUCCGGAUUCGGAAGACUCCGACGUCGCGCUGCCUCCCAUUUCUUCCUGCACGUCGGCCGCCAAAUUGAAGGACGUGGAGGACUGGAGACCAAUGAGAGGGGCUUUGUCGUCGAAGCAAGACGAUUCCGAGUUUCGCUUCAACCAAGAGCAUUUAUGUGCGCCACGAAAAACGUCUAAACUUGCGGAUGGGGCGGCGAACGGUCUCGAAAUCUUCAGGACCCGAAAAAAUUCUUCCAAAAUUAAAAAAACGUUGAACUUUAUUGCGAACUUGGAAAGCAAAAUAAACGAAGCAAUAGCGACAUAUCAGGUUGAGCGAACAGAACGGAUUUCAAUGGAACAUGAAAUGUGUAGAGAAAUUUGCUCGAAUAAAACAAUGCUCGGAGGUGACACAUCCAGAUUUCUCAAUUUGUGCCACGAGAAUCAAUCAAUGGACAUAAAGUUCUCGGAUUGCAAACGUGAAAAAUUUCCAUUCGAAAUGGAAAAGCUGUUAAAUAAUCAUCGUAGAGCAGACCCUAAAGACCAAUAUUUGGCCAAACGGAAUAUCCGAAACGCUAAAGAGGGCGUGAUGGCUGGAUUUUCGCUAACCGACGAAGAAAAGUCGAAAAUUAGUCAACUUCUCGGAGACAUAGACAGCUAUGAACUUGCCGAUAACCUUGUCAAUUCCGAGUGUGACGUGCCCGAAGAUCAGACCAAUGAAGUAACUGGCAGCGCAUUUAAAGUAAACUACAGCGAACAAAUGAGAAUUGACGAAAUUAAUAACAAAUUAAAAGAAUUUGCUUCCACGAGAACAGAAGUGAAAAGUCAGACUGUAAGAAGUGUUGAUGAAGUUUGGAGAUUGUAUGCCAGAGAAAAAGGGCUUAAAGAUAUCAAUGCUCAGCUCGAGAAGUUGUAUGAGAGUUUUAAAUAAGACGAAGCA